AUGUGUUCCACAAAGAAAUUCUUCGAACGACUUCCAACCAACGUGGUUCCAAAGAACUAUGCGCUUACUCUUCAACCAAAUCUGACGGAAUUCUCCUUUACUGGCAAAGAAGUAAUAGAAAUAGAGGUGAGUAUUCGCAUUUUCCAGUUUUUUCGACGCAAACGCAUAGUUAUUAUAUAGCUAUAAUUUUUUUAAUGAAUGGUAAUUGAAAGGCGUUCUUAUGAUCAAUGACAAAUUUGUUAAAUUAGCCACAGGCAUCCCAACGUAGUAGCUUCAGACUGCUGAAAAUGGAGAAACAUUAAAUUAACUUAACAAAUUUUGUUAAUUUAUGUUUUCAAGGUUAAGGAAGAAACUGAUAAAGUGAUCAUCAACUGCUUGGAUAUAACUGUCAAGUCAGCCUCUUUCAGUGCUGGAGAUUCAAGUGAGUUUGUGUGUUUAUAUAAAGGUGGAAUUUUCCACUGUCACGUAAAUUUUUGGUGCAUACACACAUAAACUGCAUGUGCAUAAAUAAAAUACAGGUAAUCUUUGUAGGGUCUUGUAUAAAUGUAAAAGUUGAAUCUCUCAAAAGUUCAGAGAGAUUCAACUUUUACAUUUACACGCAGCCCUUCGUACAUUACCUCUAUUUCAUUUAUGCUUGUAAAUUUCACUCGUGUAUGCACGUAAAAAUUACGUGACAGUGGAAAUCUGCCUAAACUCUAUUGGACCUGUUUACAUGGAGGUGGGGGACUCCAGGUAAGGGAGAUAACCUGCUUAGUGGGGUAAACUGCCUUCCCAUAAAAUCUCUUAUAUGGUCACCCCAUCUAUCAUGUAAACGUGAUCAAAUUCAAAUCCAGUUACCCCACCUAAGGUUAACAUUCUGGAUUUCAAGAAUGGAUGGAAUGGAUGAUCGAAUGAGGGCAAAAAUCAAAACCCAAACAAAAUCCAUCGGGCUUCCAACAAAAUGCAAAGAAAUCCCUGGAGCAGAAAUUAACCCCCUUAAAAAUCCUAUGCCAAAGUUCGAAGCCUUAAAAAUCUCCAGAAAGCAUGAAAUUAUUUAACAUGAAAAACAAGGUUUUUAAAAGUAAGUUUGGUUGUACUUUGUUUGAAGAACUAUGUAGCCUGGAUAUGCAGGCACUACGACUAAUCUUCAAAUUGUUUUGAAUAUCAAAAAAAAAUCCCUACUAAAAUCAAGCCACCCAAAAAAUACUUGCCAAAUUUCCUACCAAGAAUCAAAAAUUUCAAACCCAAAAAAUCCUUUGAUGAUUCCCGUCACUUGAAAUCUGGGGUACACCCUCUUGGACGAACACCCAGAUCCUUUAGAGACACUUCAAUAAGCGUGGAAUUUCCGGAGUCAUUCCUCGCCAUCAUUUCAUGGGAAACCGAUUGUGACAUUGCCAACUGUAGGCUGUUCUCUCAGGGUAGUGCUCUAUUUUUGUCUCUGUUUGAAAAUAAUGCCUUUUGUAGUUCCCAAGGAAAGCUUGCCUUGCAAAUUGAAAUUGUAAGUUAAGCAUUUAUAUGACUUUGCUUACCAAUUAUCACUUUGAUUCCAUGUUUGUAAAAUUGGUGUGAUUUUAAAAUGGAAGCUGAAGUACUUCACUACUACGUACUGGUACGUUGGAUUAUGUAUUGAAAUACCGUAAAAUUCCGAAAAUAAGCCCCGGGGCUUAUAUUUUUCAAAGGCCCUUUUUAAGGGGCUUAUUUUUGGAGGGGCUUAUAUUCGGAGGGGCUUAUCAACGGAGGGAAAUUUGUGUUUCAAAAUCGAUUGUGCUAUCCUUAUAGUUGAAAGUAAAUUUACCAUUUUGGCUUUGUUUUACUUUGUAUUUGAGGGCAAUUUUCCAAGUACAAGCCCCGGCGGGGGCUUAUAUUUGGAAGGGUGAUUUAACGGAGGGUUUUUUGCAUUACCGGUUUGGGGGACUUACAUUUGGAGGGGCUUAUAUAUACGGAGGGGCUUAUUUUCGGAAUUUUACGGUAUUAUAUGUGAAUGGCUAUAAUUAUUUUGCUUAUGAAUUUUUAGAUUAUCCUUCAACUGACAUCACCUAUAGCAGUUCAGAUGAAACAGUCACCUUUGGAUUUUCCUCUCCUCUUCCAAAAGGAAGAGGUUUACUGUCAAUGGAUUUCACUGGUCAACUAAAUGACAAAUUAAAAGGAUUUUACAGAAGUAAAUACACUGGGGAGGAUGGCAGUGAGAAAUUCUGUGCUGCAACACACUUUGAGGUACUUUGAAGACUAGAAGGUGACAGUGCUUAGGCAAAAGCAUGAUUUUGUCUUUCAUUGUACUCCAGUCUAUAAAACUAUGCAUUUGUGGUAUAUAUUAAUACAAUGGCUUUGAGUAACAAACCACAUGUACCCAAGCAAGGACAUUACAAGAGGAGAAGAGUGCAGUAUAUACUGUAUAUAGUACAUGUAGAACUAAUUAUUGUCCUUUGACAAAAUUGUCUUUUCUCUACUGUAGCUCUACAAUGUAUUUAAUUCAUAUACACACACAUCAAAGUCUGAUAAGUUAGUAUUGAGUAAGGUACAGGAAAAGUGCCUUUUUGAACAGGAUUUUGGGUGAUUUAUUCCAAACAGAAAGAGGGCAAUCAUUCCAAUAGUAUUUUCCAAUGACAGUAAGGUAGAACUUUUGUAUAAUAGUUCUUGAGUGGGGAAAAUGGAGUGUGUAAUUGCUGAGCAGAUGCACCUCUAUGCAUUAACUGGCUGGGUGACUCUAGAGCGACUCUAACUGGUGAAAGGGAUUCAUUGCAGUGGCCCAAACUGGUCAGAAUUUUCUUCUCUGAGAACCUUUUUAGUACACGCAACCACAUGCAAUAGCCUGUGUCAAGUGCCUGUGUAGUAGGGAGUGGCCGAAGUAUUUAAAUAUCAUUUAUGUUAAUUGGUAACUUGCACAGCUGUCUGGUUACUAUACCUUUUAUACCUUGACAUAAUGCCAAAAUUGUGUUUUACCCUGUUCCAAGUGUUCAGAUAGUGGGAAGUGACACACAAUAAACAACGCAAGGACAAACAUAAAGAAAGCAGAUGGUGCAUUUUCAUUUUUUCCCUAUGCUCUUUAAAAGAGCACUUGGAACAGGGUAAAACACCAUUUUGGCAUUAUGUCAAGGUAUAAAAGGUAUAGUAACCAGACAGCUGUGCAAGUUACCAAUUAACAUAAAUUAUAUUAAUUGUUUUUUUUUUUAGGAAAAUGACUUUUAAAUUGAGGAAAUUAAUUGGAAAGAGAGGGUAACAUUUCAAAAUGUAGGAAAUUGAUGCAAGGUUCACAAAGAAACGAAACUUGUUGAGACAACAGAAACAAAGUUAAACGUAUAAUCUGAAAUGGAAACUUUGUUUCUGGAACCUUCCCUAAACAUAUGAUGGGAGUCGUCAAGAGGAGAAAUCUGACCAGUUUGAGUUGCAGAACCUAACAUUUAAGAAAUUAACACAAUUUAUUAACUGAAGUUAUUUUAAUUCAAUUCCAUGAUCAGCGUUCAUUUCCUAUAAUAAGGUCUUUUUAAGAGUAAAGUCUCUCUUUGUUUGUCAAUUACAGCCAACAGGUGCACGCCAAGCCUUCCCCUGCUGGGAUGAACCAGCUCUUCGCAGCACUUUUGACAUCACUUUGAUUGUGCCGACAGACAGAGUUGCAUUGUCAAACAUGGUAAUUUUGUUUUAACUAAUAUUUAUUCGGUUGCAAUGUUAGAGUAAAAAAUCAUAGCUCUGAGAAGUUAAAGGUGAUUACAUAAAGCGUUUCAGUUUUUGUUUUAUGCGAUAACCAACUAUCAAUGUCGCCUGAAAUUCAUCCGAUUUCUUCGAGUCGUUUUCUCCUCUCAACUGAGGGAGUAAUAACGACUCGAAGUAAUCGGAUGAAAUUCAUGCUACUAUCAAUGUAAGACAAUUUAAGUACAGUAUAGUACAGUACAGUUAAAAUCCUCCAGACCGUUGUUUGAUUUGCGCGCGCCGUUGUCAACUGACGAUCCCGUUCUGUUGCUAAAUCAGCCUAAUAGAUCAUAGACAACGGCCAAUCACAGCGUGCAUAAUAUCCAAUACAUUAUAUAAUUUUAUUUUCAGAAUGUAAUAGAAGAAACAAGUCACCCUAAUGAUGGUUCCCUUAAGGUGGUCAAGUUUGCCAAGUCACCCAGUAUGUCUACCUAUCUGGUGGCGUUUGUUGUUGGAGAGUUUGAUUUUGUUGAAGGAAAAGAUGUUGAUGGCGUACCCAUCAGAGUUUACACACCAAUGAAGAAAGCUGUGCAGGGGCAAUUUGCUUUGGAGGUUGAUGUUGUUUUUUAUAUUUUGAGUUAUUUUCCUUCAUUUCUUUACAAUUCUUUUUAACCCUUUCGUCUCGUAACCGCCCGCGCGGAUUCACGUCCCUUCUGCCGCUCGUGACGUGAUCAGUUUUAACGGUCAAGGACAACUUUGUCAGUUAACUUGUGUAGGGUGAAGAGAUCUUUGAAACCAUGCUAGAAUGAGCACGAUUCGGUAUAGGAGGUCGGAGAAAAAAGCCGGAAAAAAAGUGCCAAAUCGUGUGAAAAAAAUUGGGAAAAGACGAGUUUAGUUUUUUGUUUAAAAGUGCGUAAAAGAGCUGAAAAAGGAAAUGAAAGGAUAAUAUCGCUCCCUCCUUUCCUUCUCAGGUUCAGUAACACUUAGACAGAGUUUAGUACUUAUGUACAUGUAUGUAAUUAGGUUGCUGAAGGUGAUUGAGGUUUCGUUUGGAUCAUGCAUGUGGACACUGAAGCCGGUGCUUCAUCCCCAGUCUCUACAUGUUAAUGGGGCAUUAUCGAACUUACCAUCUUAUUUAUUUAUUUGUUUACUUAAGUUUCUUUGUUGUUUUCUUUUGUUUUGUUUAAUAGGUUGCAAAGAAGUGCUUACCUUUUUAUAAAGAAUACUUCGAUAUUGCGUAUGAACUGCCUAAGCUUGACCUGAUUGCAAUUCAAGACUUUCCUAUAGGUUUGUUGUAUCUAAAAAAAAUUGGUGAAAAACAAUGGAAUCUUACUCUCACUGGCGUGCGAGCUCGCUCACCUGUGCGAGUACGGGGAAACGUUUUGCGGUGGAGCCGACGACGCGUGGGGAAAAAGUGUCACUUUUCCCCGCGCGUUCGCCGCUCCGCCGCCAACAUUUUUCCCGAAAUCGCACAAGUGAGAUUUCUCUCAAGCUAUACUUUUACUCGUGACUAUUUAGUUAGGCUCUGUUCUUGCCAAAGCGUUUUAGGAAACCUUCAUUUACGUGUCAAUACAUAAGCCAAUUGGAAUUCCCCCGGACAACCGGGACAUAGCGGGGAGUUAUCUCUAUCAAAGCCGGGAUUUAGCCACCAUUUAGAGGCGCUUAGGCCCCGGUGAAGGAGGGAAAGGGGAUUAACAAAGUGUGUUUGGUUCGUGCCCGGGUUCUUGAGCGGUGAUUUAACAGCACACGUUCGUCACCGGACGUCGAGGCUUCAUUACAGGAUGGCGUUUAAUUUAAGAUAAUUUAGGAAUACAUAGUGCACGGCCUCUACGAGCAGCACAUGAUAAAUAUGCUUGCAAAUUUUCAAAGAGUUGAAUGAAAAAUUCAGCAUUUGCAGGAUAACACAAUCAAUCAGUCGAAAAUCAAAAUGGUUCGAUAAUUUCAACAACCAUGUGUUUUCUUUUGUUUUAAUUGAAAUAGCAACUGUAUGUACAUAGGCCUUUAAAGCACUGAGUUGACUAAUUGCUCACUACUAGUUCUAUAAUUUGAUAUAACUUUACAGGAGCUAUGGAAAACUGGGGCUUAGUGACGUACAGGUAAAUUUGAGUCCAUCUUGUAGCAGUUUGGUAAGAUAGGCCCGCGUUCGGUCGCUGCUGGACCAAAACUCAGGGUCUUGAAAUAUUUGAGGAGAAAGUGCAUGAUGCCUUUCUUUUACAUCUGCUUAUACUUAAAUAAACUUUAAACCUUAAACCUCGAUGGGGUUUCUAGAAAGUAUCAGGAUCGUAAAAAAUUUCUAGCCCGCAAAGCAGACGUAUUUUGAGUACGAACGAUGAUACUAAUAUUCUCCCGCCAUCUUGGUCGUUGAAACUGACAGAGAGUUGGGGCGAAUCAAAAAACGAUUCCAAGGGAGAGGUUGAGGGGUCUCUUUUAAGAUGGUGGCCGCGAUCACUUCGUUAAAAAGAAAACACGCCUGUUCUGCAGUAGCUAGGCUAAAAAAUCUCUGGCAGUGAGCACCCCUAGUCUGCUGCCCUUGGUCUUGGGUGAGUGCCGGUAAUCUGAAUUUGGGGAUAAUAUGAUAGGGGCAACCUCUUGAUCCCCUUAGGGGAGUUUAAAUGAUGCCUUGAUAGUUAACAGAGUACCAAUAUUAAUGUAAGUGGCAGAGCUACCCCGUCCGUAGAGCCCUUGACUACAAUGCGGGAGGUCGUUGGUUCGAUCCCCGGGGCCGGACCAGGGGCCCGUUUCUCGAAAGUCCCGGUAACUUUUCGGACCCGAAAUCAAAUUUUCAAAUCGAAAUAUAAAGAAUAAGAGCGCUGAUCCUGGCUAGCAGACUACUCCAUUUUGUUUCACUAACUGAUAGUUUUAUCAUGCUAGAUGCAAAACUAUUGAUACCGCGAUCUUUAAUGUAAACGGAGACAGCUUACCGGGCCCGUUAAUUAUCGGGACUUUCGAGAAACGGGCCCCAGUACUUAGGGUUUUGAAAUAACUGACGAAAGAAGGUACUGCCUUUCACCUGCAAACAGCUAGACCUUCGUGUGACUCGGAUGACCACGUAGAAUGGCGGUGCCAUCUCCGUUAGAAUGCGUAAAAAUAGUGUUCGCAAUUAGUACUUUCGUGCUAAAUACAUGUACAUCGACAUUUUCCCUUUGGUUUGACGCAAUACAGUGAUUUUAAGGAAAUUGCUGACUCUGCAAGCGUCAACUUUUAUUUCUGUGUGAUUUUUAACUGUGGUAAAAUGUGAGAAAGUUUAUCAGACUCACUGCUAAUCUAAAUGACCUUUUCUUUGUUGUUAUUCCAUAAAAGGGAAACGUGCUUGUUGAUCGAUUCAAAGAAUUCCUCAUCGGCAGCAAGACAGCGUGUGGCCAUAGUUGUCGGUGAGUGAAUCUCUUUUAUAAGAAAAGUGUACGAACGGGAUUUACAACAGCAAUGUAGCAAGCUAGCAUAUUCAACAACAACAAGAACAAAACUUUAUUUCAAGAGUUUAACUUAAGAAAUUACCCUGACCCACAGGUAGCAACCGCUAACCUAGGCUGGACAGACGAACAACUAAGGGAUAACUGUUCAUAAACACUGAGUUAAGGAAACAAUAACUUUAAAAGUUUCAGAGAAAAAUCAGUUCAGUCGUUAAGGACUUAAUUAUUCAGCCAGUCCAACAUUUUGUAUAAUCAAAACCGGAUACGCGUUUCUAUUUAGUCAUUUUCUUACACCUAAAUAUCCAGGAGAAUUCGGCGAAUUUCUAUUCUUUAACAAGCUACACGGUAUCUCAUUCCGCAGUUGUACGCCAAAUCUGGAAAAAAAACUGAACGCUUUAGUAUCUCAAGCUUAGUGCUACAGGAGAGAGUAUUUAGAGUCAAGUUUAAGGCAAACGGCUGAUUCAAGUUGAGAAAUUCUCAAAAUAGAACAUGAGCAGAUAAAAACAGCUCAAAACAAUUCUUAGGGAUAGAAUUGGCAAGAAUCUACCGAUUUCCGUGGGACCAUAAUGAAUAGUAAACGACAAGCAAAGGAACAACUUGGUCACGUGGUACAAACUCACAUUUGUCGUUUGCCCGUUUAUCACACUUUCUGGUACAUUUCUUUGCCGUGACAGCGCGGCUACAGAGUGAGACUUUUGAAGCGACGUUUCAUAGAGGACGGAUCGAAAUGCGCAACGACAAAUUUUUCUUCCUCUUUCUGAACUUGGACAUGGUUUCCAAGAGUUAAUUUCCGGGCAUGUCAUGAAUUCUUGGAGCGAAUUAAUUCCGAUGAAAUGUAAAAGAACGCGCACGUUUGUAGAUAUAUACAAGUCUCUGAUGCAAGCUUACUUAUUUACGGGUUUGCCCAGGCGAGAGCGAUUGUAAACGGCUAUAAACUUGGUGCCCUUAGUGGAAUUAAAAGUUCACAAGCGACAUAAGUUUUGGCAUUUUUGUUUGUUUUUAGGUCACGAACUUGCUCACAUGUGGUUUGGAAAUUUGGUAAAUAUUUUCUCCAUUUCUCCCUAUUAAUCCAUUGCAUUUUUAUGUUUACAAAACUGAAAAAAGGCUAUUUCAUCUACCUGAUGAUAGCCCAAGACUCUGUUUCAUAACGAGGGUGAACGAGGGUAAGAGCUUGCCUAGUCCUUAGGCCUCAUUAUUGCGCGCGGCCGAUGCGUUUCGAGUCACGUGGUCCGAUCGAGUCGGCGUUUUUCUCGGAUACGUCACCGAAAUGCAUUGACCGAGAAGGCCUGGGGAGACGCCGUACAGGGACAAGGCAAGGUGAGAGCGAAACCCUUGAUAUGAAAAUGAAUUUUUAUUCACAUGCAAGUAAAACUCACUUUCAGAAGAAAUAGCUUUGAACUUUGCCUAAUUUUGUAAAUAUUUUUUCCUUUUUUUUAAUGAAAUAAAUGAUCAGUUUAGCUGCAGAAUAAUUUUUAGUUACUGGUACCUUGACUGGUUUUCACUGACCGAAUGGAAGAAAAUAGAAAUUAAACCAAAGACUUUUAAUGAAGAGACAAUAGUUUUAGUGUUUUCUGACUUUCUGUUUUUUUUUAUCUUUCCAUUCACCUAGGUGACCAUGGUAAGUUCAAAUGCUUUAGAUUCCAAAUGCUGCUUCAAGUUUUUAUAUACUCUUUAAUUGUCUUAAUGAACCGUUUAAAGACUAACGUGAGUGAUGUACUAGCAAGUUGGCAAGUAACCAAACGCGCUGACUAAAGAAUGAAGAAAUUCAGUACUGAACGGGGUGUAGCCUAGUACAGUGCGAAUAGAUAAUCAUGAUUAGUCCACAGUUAUUAAGUCCAUAUACUGGCAAAAAAUCACGAACGAGACGUUGCAAACACUUUUAAUAUUAGUCGGAAUGAAUACGUUGGUUUUCUUUUUCGGCCACUCGAUUAUUUCUUUAAAUCAUGAGAAAAGAAAAAGAGUGAACAGAAAGAAAAGCAAAGAAAAAUCGGGCUUGAACGAGAUUCGUACCCACGACUCUGCGAUCGUACCAGUUUUAUCCACGCUAAUGUAAACUAUUUUGAUCCUGUUAUCCAGGAAUGGUGGACACAUUUAUGGCUGAAGGAAGGGUUUGCGUCAUUCAUGGAGUACCUAAUUGUUGAUCAUUGUUUUCCGGAGUUUGAUGUGUGGACGCAGUUUGUUAGUGAAGAUUUUGCGCACUCCCUGAAACUUGACGCUCUACGUAACAGGUGUUAUUUCCGGAUGAGUACAGGAUUGUCGGUCACCGACCCCUCCCCUAAUCCAACGUUGGACUAGGGGAGUGGUGGGUGGGCAGGUUUCAAUAUGCUGGGGAGCUACCCACCUACCCCUCCCCUAACCCAACGUUAACACUGACCUCUCACUUUGGGCAAAAUGUUGGGUUAGGGGGAUCGAACCCCAGCUUCUUUUACUGAUGCUUACUUCUUUGUGAAAGUGUUUGUUAGAAGGUAAAUACUGCUUUUAACUCGAUGUCACCAGGCCCAAGCUGUUCAAGAGCUGGAUAGCACUAUCCGCUGGAUAAAUCUCUGUCCUGUGGAAAUCCGCUGAAUUGUGUUUUAUCCGGUGAGUAGCCCGCUAUCCAGCUUUUGAGCAAUCGGGGCCAGAAGAGCCUAAAUACUAAAGAAACACCCAAAAUAUGCUAUACAACCUGGAAUUUAAAAAGCAAACAAAUGUGAUAAUGUUUUUAAAUCAUUGCUCACUUUGUGUAUCAACAGGCGGCAAGUUGCACUAAUAAUAUGAUUUUUUUCUUUUCUUUAAUGAAACAAUAUCUGCCAUACUCAAGUCAUCCCAUAGAGGUAAAUAAUCGCUUUGUGGGUAAAAUCCCAUUACUAAAUUUAACGUUGCACGUGCAUCACACUUUUGGUACAUAUCCUCACUGUCUUUGGCACCAAUUCGACGUGAAAUGCUGUAAUUUUACUUUUGUUGUAGACGUUAAAACACGAAGAUAAAGUUUGUUUUUUAUCUUUCUAAACAUGAUUACUUCGCCUUUGACCCACGUUGCAUUAUGACCUACAAGUCGCCACUUUGGAAACGAUAAGGGACCUGGAAUCGAAAUGCGUUCGGCAAUUGGUUCUGGGAUGGUUACCGUGGAGACGCGCCGGUCAGCUAUUGGCCAAUUUUUUCCCUGUCCAAAGUAACAGUUCCAGAAGUGUUUGCGAAAGUUAACUAGUGCUACUUUCCUUCUCUUUUCUAAAGUGGCAACUUGACUGAAUGAGUAGGACUUACGGCGACGGUUUUCAAAACAGCGCGAAUUCAUUAUAUGACCGUCCCCGUUUGCGUUGUUAAAAAAUUCUCUUUGAUUUUGGCGGCUGCGGUGGUGAUGGUGAUGGUUAUACGCUGUCGGCACAAUCCAUGCCAUGUCCUAGCUCCAACCCCUCGACCACCAACACAUGUUUUUCAUGAAUUCAACGCAUUGACCUAUGAUGUAACCCUAUGUUUUAUUCCUGUGCAUGUUAACGAGACCGCUAACGGAGAAUAAGGAGAAUUUCAGUUGGUACUCACUGUACGACUAAUAAUCAAUAGUUGGACCAGGUCGCAUAAGAUACAAAAUAGCAUGACUUGUCAGUGACGAGGAGAAUAAUUAUUUGCUGAUUUCGAUAGUUAUCGACGGAUGGUGUCGCGGCCAAUCGAAACCGUUCGGAAAAAAAUUGAAUGAUUAAAUGUGGCAUCAAAGUAACAAGAAACAUUAUUUUUUAUAGGUUCCAGUUGGUCAUCCCGGAGAAAUUGACGAGAUAUUUGAUGCCAUUUCUUAUUGCAAAGGAUCCUCAGUUAUCAGGAUGUUACAUCAGUAUGUUGGAGAUGAAGUGAGCUGCCUUGUUUGUGUUGUUUCAUAAAGCGUUUUCACGUGACGUCACGGCGGCCAUGUUGGUGUUCCAAACCAUUUCUGUUAAAGUGGAACGCUUUUCUUAUGUAAACGCUUUCUUUUGUUCCAAUAAAUUUGCAUAGAUGCUGGCCACGUGAGUGAAAACGCUCUAUAGCUUGUUUCCUUACAAGCAAACCCAGCCUAGUCCCUAAGCGUUCUCAGCUCGGUCAAUCCUGGACUUUACCGUCAGCUGCGACGUCACCGAGAGACACUCACCCACCCUUUCCCAGACUUACCGCGGAGAGAGAACACCUAAGGACUAGGCUAUAGAAAGCCCACAUUAUAUGUGACCUUUUGAUUUACGAGCUAUUGCAGGUGACCAUGUUAUCUUUUGAUCAAGUAAAGCGAAUAUAGAGACUUUUACUUAUCUGGCCAGCAGCUUUCCCAAUUUACUGUAACAAACAAAAAGUUUUUGAGUUGUUGAGAACAAGGUUCAACUCUUACAGGAUUUAUUUUGGACACCAACAUGGCCGCUGUUUCAUUGUUAAGAACACCAACAUAGCAGAUGUGACGUUAUGUGAAAACACUCUAAAGCAGGCUUUUAUAACUUAAGACUUUUUACCCCCGCGUGAGCGGAAAGUCGGCACUAAAAACUAUCCGGCGUAGUGAAGACAUAGCCUAGGAGGUCAAAAGCGUUGUACCAGGUGUAACACGAAAGGCACUUUGCUUAUUCAAUAAGGUGCAAGCUACAAUGAGGGACAAUGGCCCCUUUUUGAACAGUGGACAUACCUAUCCCCUCCCCCUGUGUACCCCCACCCCUCCCCCAAAAUCAAUGUUGUAUUUUGGACCCUCAAGUCUUUCUUUUACCACAAGAAACAUUGAUUUGGGGGUGGGGGAUUUACGUCAUUUAAAUAGAAUGAAAUAAAUGGAUGAAAUAGCUGAUAAAAGCACUCGUUAUAGACAGGUGUGUUUCACUUUGUCCCUGAUUGUAGGUUCAAGGUAUUUUGGAGUUACUUAUGUAGAUAUUCUCUCUUUAAGGCUUUCAGGAAAGGACUCAAUCAUUACCUAAAACGAUUUGAAUACAGUGCUGCGUCAACAGGUAACGUCAUUUGCGUGACAUGUUUAAGGCCCAACUACAACAGAAACUAGGGACUUUAAGAUCCAAAACGCGACCGCAACGACAACGAGAACGUUAAAAAACAAUAAGUUUAAUAAGCCGAACAACAACUCUGCACGUUUCUUUGCCGUUUUUCCACUACUACGACGUGAAAAUGCCUAAUUUCGCGUUUGAUGGAGACAGUAAACAACGACGAAAUUUCCUCUUUCUGAACUUCGAUAUGCGCCAUUGGUUGGCCUACAUUUGACAAAGUAAGCGGGUAGGAAUAAUCUCUUUAAAGCUACGUACAACAAUGUUGGGAGUUGUUGCGUCUGUUUGCACGUAGCUGAAAGUUUGACCGGUUUCAAACUAUGCGCAACAACUCCCAGCAACACGCUACAACGUGUAAAAACACGCAACAGGUUGUGCAAAUGGACGCAAAACUGUUGGGAGUUGUUGGCCAACAAUAGCGUCCGUUUGCACGUAACCUAAAGACUAAGGGCCUGUUUGCAUGGAGGUGGGGGACCUCAGGUAGGCGAGGUAACCCGCUUUGGUAGGGUAAUCCGCCUGUCCAUAUAAUGUUUCAUAUUAAUUUGAUCACGUUCACAUGAUAGGCGGGGUGACCAUAUAAGAGAUUAUAUGGAAAGGCGGGUUACCCCAUCUAAGCGUUUUACCUAACCUACCUGGGGUCCCCCACCUCGAUGAAAAGAGGCCCUAAAAGAACGCCAAUUCACUUUUUAAGCAACGUUCUCAUUGCCGUCGCGUCAUUGGAUCUUAACCCUAUUAGCUUAAGAGGGCAGUCUCGUUGUUUUUAGGAGUGGGGGGUGGGGGGCAAAUAAAAUUGAAUGGAGAAUGAUAGAAAUAAGGGCAGAAAAAAGGUAUACAGCACAUAAAUCAGUUAGUCCCGUUAGAGCGAGCUUACUUCUCUCGUGAAACAGGCAAUAACAACUAGAGUAAAAUGGCUACAAAUAAUCAAAAGAAGACAAUAGAAUUAGUGCAUAAUAGUCAGUGGUAUUGUACUACCUAUUUCAGGGGUUAAGUAAAAGCACUCUAAUGCUAUCUUGUUGUGGUGGUUGAUUAUCUUGUAUUUGUCUGCUAAUUAUUCCCGUCAUAUUUUAAUUUUAAACGACCCCAAGUUUUAUGAAAAUUCCAAGUUGGUAUACCGCCCCACUUAUUUUAGUUAAUUAAAAAAAGGGAUUAAAAAAAAACCAUUCACAAAAUUAUCAAACGUUUAUUGACCCAAUGACCUCGACCCUAUAAGCCUUUUUUGAUUGAAUAAACUAUUGGCUAGAUUUUGAAGAAAAAGGGCAGAAAUAAUCGAAAUCUAAGGCUGUAGACCAGAAUCCCUCCCUAAUUAGCGGUUGUGUACGGUUGCCUCGUGUUAUGUACACGGGUACCAAUGCAGGACGACAACUUAGCGUUCCUAUUUUUUGUUCUUUUCAAGGUGAUCUGUGGACUUGCUUAGAACAUGCUAGUUCUAAGCCUGUGGGUGCUGUCAUGGAAACAUGGACCGAACAGAUGGGGUUCCCUGUGCUAUCCGUCUCAGCAGAACAAGUAGAGAACUUACUUGAAGUUUACUUAAGUUUGUAUUGCGUUUUCAUCAGCAGAGAUGAAGUUAAACAUUUUAUGAUGCCUGGCGCAGUUACCUUUUAGAGAUAGGAAUUAUGGAUUAUUUCACGUGUGUGAGCCAUUCUCGCGGCCUUGCCGCGAUAAACGUGCGCCAAAGGCACAAAGCGUCUCAUCCCCAUUCUUUGCACGGCUUCGCAGCACCUCUGCUAAAACUUUGCACGUGUUAAGUAACGAUCCUGCCGGCUACCAGGCCAUUUAGAGAUUUCUAGGGAAUUAAAGUCUCGUUACGGUGGGCACUAAUUGUUCCCUUUUUAUUCAACUUUUGAGCGCAUUCGUGCUCGAUACUGAAUACUUGUAGUAGUUUAUAACCCUAUACAAGCCGUGCCCUUAUUAAACCCUACAGUGAGUAACAUGUAUUUCAAUUAAUACGUAUUUUGCAGAAAGAGAAUGCGACUCAAAUUACUAUAUCACAGAGAAAGUUUUCCGCUGAUGGAGCAAGAGAAGGUAUACUUCAUAUCAACAAACUAAAAUUCCCUCCAGGCAGGGCACCAAUAUUGCGUCUCCUUACCAAGGUGUUUGUAAAAAUUUGUUCAACAUUUGUCUUAACGUCUCACGCAUGAAUAACUGCUAAACCUGGUUCUUGCUGGGGCUAGAUGCGUAGUAAUCCUCUGCAUGACGUGUCUUAUAACCCUAAUUUCUACGUGUAUCUGUUUUGUUUUAAAGCAUGAGAUAAUCGAUUUUUCUGCGGAAUAGCCUCCCGACCCACCCAUAAAGCAUUCAUCAAAAACGCGUCUUUUCAUAAUCAUCUUCAGAGUACAAAUUUGAUAAACGCCGAGAAAACAAGGACAAAAACAGUAUCUGAUCUUACACGGCAUAACAAUUUAUUUUGGCCAUAUUUUUGGGAAUAAUUAGCAACUUUCACCUGAGUUAUUGUUUUAUAGAGGGUAAAUGCACAUUCAAGAUUAUUAUGUCAAAAGACGACUUAACCUUACACUAGGGCGACUUCAAAGGCCAUUGUCCAAAGUCGAAACAACAAACAGAGGUAAACAUACAAGACCUUGGAAGUCUUUUGAAUGCUUCGAGUUUAAUCCGUGGGCGGACAGGAAAAACGCUUAAAUGUGGACGUAAUUUCUGUUUUCUUUACUGGAGGAAAAUUAUCCGUAAUCAAAUAAAAACGAAUAAAUAAGGACGCAGCCUUAUAUUCUUGAGUAUUAAACCAACACUAAUCGAAAUUUACUACAAAACUAAAUGUUGUACUUUUAUUUUCGUAACUCAUUACUAACCGAAUCCCCGCUAUGUACAACUUUUUGGAAGCUAAAGCACGAUGGAAGGUACCAAUUGCUGUGUCCACCAGCGACAAUCCCACUGAGCCCGCAGCUGAAACGCUGUUAGAAGAAGAUUCUUGCAUCUUAGCGGUCAGCGGAAUUGGCCAAGGCCAGUGGAUUAAGGUACAAUAACGUGACUAAUGAUGAGCCCGUUUUGUUUGUGUGUAAUUUUGUCUGAAGCUGCCGGCUUUCAUAGAGAAGAAUUACAAUCGCGCCAAGGUAUGUUGUUAAGUUUUCAACUUCUUUUGGACAUACUAAAGUUUUCUACACUAUACUGCACUUUCAUUGAACAAUAAGCGGAUCAUAUAAUUAUAACUGCUUAAGUGCAACGAGAUAGGUUAUACCAAGUGUGCUGCUGAAGCUGCAAACAGUGCAAUUUCCCCACCCAUCAUCCCACGAUUUAUUGUUUAAGCUGCGACCCUUCUCGCAUCGCAUCGCCGAAGUUCUCGGUGCGAUAGCAAAUUGUUGCAGUCUAUAGCUUAGCCGGAUUAUUAUUUGUGGCACUCUCUCAAAUUAUUAACGUAGGAGGCGUCUCUAAUAGGUCAUUUGCACGUCAUUUUACUACAACGAUCAGGAUCCUUUUCGUUUUUUCGUUCACAUUUUAAUUUAGCAAGCCCAGUAAGGUUUAGAUAAGGACAGCAAAACCCUGAAGGAUUCUGGUCUUAGUAGUAAUACGACGUCAUCGUUGAAGUGGCCUAUAGGCAGGCAGCUUGGUCUACGGCAGAUAAUGAACUGAUUCUGACCAAUCAUAGCUUGCACAUUUGAUCGUCAUUUCGUAACCCUGUUAAUUUUUUAUAUUUGUUGGUGAUUGUGUCGCAGCUCAACCCAGGUCAAGUUGGUUUUUAUCGAGUGCAGUACUCCUCCGCCAUGUUGGAACGUCUUCUUCCGGCCAUCAGAGACAACAGUCUCCCUCCGAGAGACAGAUUAGGACUGCAGAGUGAUCUCUUUGCUCUGGUAAACAAAAAAACUCAGCUUGAUUUUUCUUCCUUGAGCAGGCAUUAGCGAAUUUAAGGUUAUGUUCACACCUUACCAGAAAGCUUUUGAGUCGGCACGGAAAUCAUACGGGGCAGGGUUUCUGUUCACACACAUUUUUGUAUCGGAGCGAAUAAUCGAAUAAAUACGGCAAUUCGCCGCCGUUGGCGUCGUGGUAUCUUAAACUACCUCUUAUACGUUGAGGCCAUCUCCUCUGUUCUUGGUUUGCAACCACGUGACAAGGCGGCUAUUUAGGAGGUCAAAACAAUAGAUUUUUUUCUGGGCAAAUUUACUUUAAAAUAGAGUUAAGUUCGCAGAGGAGAGAAAUGUGACGUCACGUGCAAACCAGCAAUUGGGGGAAUUGGCGGUAGUUUCUCGGUGUUAAGGAUGAUCCAAUCACCAAAUGGCGUAAUGCAAAUUGUUGAAGAGACACUGAACAAUUCUCAUAUCACAAAACAGUGGCUAUUAUUUCCGCAACACUACGAAACAUGCUUUGACUCAAAUGUAUUUUAUCUGCUGUAAGUAAAACGGUUGUACACUAAAAGGGCUUGAAAUGUAGCAAGAAAGAAUAAGAAUGUUUCCUGGCAGACGAAAUAGAACACAAACUGUAUUUGCAAGCUCGAUUAUGUUCAGAGACAGUUUCAGUGUUGUGUUAAUUCUUUCUUCUUUAUAAUUUAGGCAGAAGCUGGUCUUGCUUCCACUACGGAAUUCCUUAAAGUGGCUGAACAAUUCACAAACGAGACAAAUUACACAGUAUGGAAUGAUCUGACAGCAAACUUUAACAAGCUAGACAUAGUACUGCAGAACACUGGAUUCUACUCUAGUUUUCAGGCCUUCCGUGUGAAGCUUUAUGAGAAAAUCGCAAAUAAACUCGGAUGGGAACCAAAAGAAGGCGAAGGUAGGAGCAGUUCGCCAGUUUUCAUUGAUAUCUGAAAUACAACAACGCUUUCAUUAGUAUGCAAAAUUUCGUUAAUACACCCUUCCACGGUUUUUUCAAGUUUUGAUAAAGACCAAUAAGCGAAUAUCGAUUGACACUGCCUUUCUGGGAAACUGCCCACCUACCCCUCCCCUAAGCCAACAUCAACACUUACUUCUCACUUAGGGCAAAAAGUUGGUUUAGGGGAGGGGUAGGUGGACAGUUUACCAGAAACGUACAAUGAUCCGUGCAGAGCGCCUGGAAAUAAGGAACGUCAAGUUUAAAAGAUGUAAGUCCAAACAGAGCGAAGAUAUUGCUCAACAAAGUCGCGAAAUUUUACAGAGGUUUGUAUGUUUGGGGGCGAGGGGAACGGGGGAGUUCGUGCCCGUUACCAUACAAAUGUCUGUAAAUUUCUGCAAAUUUGCGAGGUUAUAUCCUCGUUAGUUUUCAAAAACUUGCUUUCAAACUUGGCAACUUUGCUGAUCUGAGGCGUUCUUUUCAGCCGUGUUGAUGGAUUUUCGCCAACUACUGUAGUCCCAGUCAAAAGUUUAUGAUUGUGAUUAUGAUUAUGAUUAUGAGUAUGUAAUGAAAACUAACGAGAUAAUGUUCCGACAUUUCGAAGACUUCAUGACACCAUUAUCAAGGAAUGGAAAGAGGUAAAUGCGAGUUCAAUUCCAUGAUAAUCUCUUGAUGAGGUCUCUGAAACAUCGAAACAGCUAAUUUGGCAAUUUUCCGGAAACGUUCUUACAACCUUCGGACAAAAUUUUCUCCUGAACGUUCUUUUAGGCCACCUGGAUGCUCUCUUACGAGGAAUAGUUCUCGGCGUCCUGGGACGCAGUAGCCAUUCCGCUUCUGUAAGUGAGGCUCGCCAGAGAUUUGACACCCAUUGUAAUGGUGAAGCCAUGAUUCCUGCAGACUUAAGAUCAGCAGUUUACAGUACAGUUCUUUUAAAUGGUGAUGCUAGCUCACUGGAGGCCAUGAUGAAACUGUUUAAAAAAGCUGAUUUACAUGAAGAGAGAGUGCGACUGAUGAGAACCAUGGGAACUGUAACGCAACCUGAACUGAUCAAGAAAGUCUUGGAUUUCUCCUUGUCAGUGAGUCUGUAACAUUUGACCAUUCUACUUCAUUUUUCUUUUUCUUCUUGAUUCAUUGUUUUCAUUUUCUAGGUCAAAUCUCAUUUGAAUAAUCUGUAUGAAAUUCUCAACACUUGUCCAUAAUCCAAAUUUACGGCAAACUUCAAAUUUGAUCUUUUAAGGUAGUUACACGACAAAAAGUGCAAUGUAAUAUUACCACUGAAGAGUGUCGUUUCCAUUACGGUAUUUUUCUUCUCUAGCUAAAAAGUUAGUAGCUAAUUUCUGAAAGCAGUUUCUUUAGUCUAUAUUUCAUUCAUGAUUUCACUGCAUUUUUCGAUUUUUUUCGUGCUUAAAACGCUAUAUUUCUGUGUUUUCUUUUCAGAGCGAAGUGAGAUCCCAGGAUACUAUCUACGUCAUCGCUGGCGUCACUCACAGGUAAAUACUUUCCUAGUUCUUAGGCCUAAUUUUUCCAAGAAGCCUAGUAUGCGUUUCUGGUCACGUGGUCCGAGCGUGAUCUCUCGGCAUCAUUACAUUCAUAUGCUCAAAAAUUAGAACAACUUUGUACAGCAUAAUAAACAGUGAUCACAGGAAAGCAGAGCUAAGUAGGUUUCAUCAGUUAGUCGCAGUACCACAAAAAAACAGAGUUAAGUAAGUUUCAUUUUAAUGGUCACACUUUAGGAUUUCACCCACAGACCCAACAGUUAGAACCACCUUGUAUAGCAUAGUCAACAGCAUCACACUAAAUAAGUUAUUGCUCAGUAGGUUUCAUCUACUUAAUCCCAGUUGUUUUCAUUCUCGGACUGCCAAAUUACAAUCAUGGACAGAAGUCCUUGAGACAGUAAUGCAGUAUUCACAUUUUUCUGUCACUUCUGGGUUCCCUCAUAAUAAAGUACAUCCUUUACGAAAUUUUAUUGCAGUUCUCCCUCACCCCAACCUAUGCAAAGUUGAACAUCGAAAAAAAAACUGGAACGCUGUUUGUGGGGUGAGGGGAGGGGUUGGGUCUGUGUGAAUUGGAAAACGCCCCAGAAAUGCAAAAGUGUCCCAAGACUUUUGUCCAUGAUUGUAGAACCUACUUCGAACGUAUCACAUGAUCCGGUUGUCGUUGUAUAAAUUCAUAAUUAGGAAUUCUAUCUAGGGUUCGAAUUGACUGAAAUUUGGCGUAAAAUUUGAGUAUAAUUUCAUCAGGUUAAGGCUUUCUCGGUGCUGAAGUUUUCUAGCCCCGAAUUUCAGAGUUUAAACAUGUGUUCGAUUACAUCAAGCUUUCUUAUAGCACCUCGAUCACUUGCACAGGAGACCCACAAUCCGGGACACCACUGUAUUUUUCAACGCCCUCUUGUUUUGCUUUUUAGUUUGAUUGGUCGUAAGCUAGCGUGGCAGUUUUUUCAGGAACAGUGGGAUGUGCUUUACAACCGCUACUCUUCUGGAGUUAUGUUUUCCCGUCUCAUUGAGGUACGGCGCUGCAUUGUACUUGUUUUAUGUCAUUGAAAACAAACAGUUUUUCAAACAGCAAACGUCUGAUUUAAGCGUCGAAUUUUUCAAAAAAUUCAUAUAAGUAGAUAAAUACUGUCCUCAAGUAUUCUUAUUGAUUACGUUGGUGUGAAACUAGUAAUAGAGACCUUUAGAUUCAAGGACGGGGACGUCUACGACUACGAGAUUUUACUUAAAGUUUUUUUGCGUAUUCUCAAAAUAUGACUUCACGGAAAGCUUCAUUUUACCAUUUUUCACGAGAAAAGUUAGCCCUGUUAUCUUUAGUAAAGGAGGUUAUACCCUCUGCCGAUUGCAAAAUGAUAAAACUACUAACAUUUGAUAACUUGUUUCCGCCACUUCGACACUUGGAGUGACGACGGCUACCACAUCUUCCCGCCAAAAUGACGCUGGUUCACGCGUGCGCACUACUUAGUAUUGAGAAAUCUCGUACUCGUCUUAGAAUCUAAAGGUCCCUACAUUUUUGUAGACGUAUUGAACAGUAAACGCAAGUAACGGAGAAACCUCAGGUGCUUACCAUUUACACAAAACACCCGGGUAGAAAUCUUGUCAUUAAACACAAAACUGUAAAAUUUGACAUGGUGAGAUUACAAACCGCUACUAAGUUUACUCAAAUCAACUGAACCGACUAAAGAGACUUAAAAUAUUGUAUCACACAACUCAAAUCACAUCCCAUAUUUUCUGCACCUUCCCGAACGGAAUGGCGUGAACCUUUUGAUUUUCCAACCGGAAUUUCUGGUUUUCUCAAGUAAAUGGCAUUUGGGAGUGGCGGAUCCAGGGGAAGGCUCCCCGCACCCCUUAUUUUUAGACCAAACUGAGGUCCAGAGGGCCGAAAAAAAUUUUUUGGAGACCGCCCCCACCCCCAAUCCCCUUGUUACAUACGUACAUACAUAUAUGUUUUUUUUAUUAUUAUUUGGAGUCUUAUACAAUAAAUAGUAUAUCAACUAUUUCCAAAUAACUAAAAGUACAAACAACAAAAAUUCCUAACAAUAUAUGGCUAAUAAGGUAUUUAUACUACUACAUGAGAAAUUUCUGCAAUUUGAUUGGCUUAGAGCAGUGGUAUUUCAGCUUAAUUUGAAAUACCUACAUGUGAAAAUUACAAACUUUUUGUGGGUAGUAGUAUAAACAAUAACAGCAUGAUUUGUACGUGAUAUUUAGCAUAAACACCACUUGUGAUAUUUCAAAAUUGUCUCAAAUUUCACUCGCCUAACGGCUCGCGAAAUUUUGUAUAACAAUUUUGAAAUAUCACUCGUGGUAUUUAUGCCAAAUAUCACUACAAAUCAUGCUAUUACCUAUACUAAUUAAUCAAGCCCUAGAGUAUUUACUAUCUCAGGGUCUAAAUGACCGCCCCCUCCCCCCCUCCUUCCCCCCCUCCUUCCCCCCUAAUGUUGUAACCAUUCGAAACAAUGUCUUUCGCAAUAAUGUUGUAACGCUAUGUUGCGCUACAAAUUGUAUGGCGAUGUUACAAUGCUAAUUUGUCACCUGUUUUGUAGAUAUUUUUUCAUAUUCUUUCCUGGAAGAAAAAAUUGACAACUAUUCUCUUUUUCAAGGCUACCACAAAAUCAUUUGCUACUGAAGAGAGUAUGAAAGAAAUUGAGGUAAUUUACACCUUCGAUACUAUGAGAGCAAGUAUCGCUAAUAGGCCAUUUGGUAAUAUAAAUAUAAAUAAAUAAAAAACGAUUGUAAAAUAACGAUUUAGAGAGAGCACAUCCACCUCUUCGUCUACCUGAUUCCUAUUCGAAUUGGAAUUUGGAAAUGUUGGUUUUUGAGGAGAGGAGGAAAAACCGGAGUACCCAGAGAAAAAGCUCUCGGAGCAAAGGAGAGAACCAACAAGAAACCAUUUGCACGAUGGCGCCAUCUUACUCCACUAAAAUCGUUCAGGUUUUUACUUUUUUGUGCAAAAUAGGGCUUUUGAUAUUUAAAGCUCCUUCAGUGGAUUACCAAAUUCAAGUAUGAAGGAAAUUCUGGUCUUACUAGUAAAAAGAUGUCAUCGUGCAAAUGACCUAUCCAAUGGAUCUAAUGGACGCUUUGUUGCUGUUGUUGUUUCCUUCUAUACACUUAAUAACGAGCGGAAGAAACGUCUGCGAAAGAGACAACUUCAUGUGGCUUCAAGAGGACGACUACGAUGACGAGAUUUGACUUAAAGUUUUACAGUGUAUUCUCAAAAACGCAGACACUCCAGAAGGCUUCAUUUUCCUUUUUCUUUUUUUCACCGGAAAGGUAUUGAAGAUGGUUAAGCCCUCUCCCGAUCGCAAAAUGAUAAUACUUCUAGCAUUUGAUAUCUUUAUUCGUCCCUUCGACAUUUUCGCUAAAAAUUGUAGUAGAAUGGCGACGGCGAUCGCGUUUUCCCGCCAAAAUAGGGACUUCAAGAUCCAACGACGCGGACGGCAACGAGAACGUAAAAAAAAAACAAUAGGUUUAAUAAGCAAAACAACAACUUUGCACGUGCAUCACACUUUUUUGUACAUUUCUUUCCCGUUUUUGCACGACUACGACGUGAAAAUGCGUAAUUUCGCGUUUUAUGGAGAACGUAAACAAGCAACGACGAAAUUUUCAGUUUCUGUUUCUGAGCUUAAAUAUGGUCCCUUGAAAUUCAGCUUUAGCAGGGGUCGCCUACAAUUGACAAAGGAAGUGGGUAGGAAUAAUCGCAAUAAAGACUGAAAGAACGCAAAUUCACUUUUUAAGCGACGUUCUUGUUGCCGUCGCGUCGUUGGAUCUUAAAGUCCCUAAUGACACUGGUCCACGCGCGCGCACUUUUUAGUGUUAAGAAAAUCUCGUUCUCGUAGUUGUCUUCGUCUCAGAACCUAAAAUUCUCCAUUCCAGGGCGUAACCCUGCACCUGGCCAGUACCCCAACCAGGGGAGAAUGGAAAUACUCCUCUAUGCUUCUGUGCUAUUGAAACUUGAGUUAAGUUCCAACCGUAACGGCCUCGUUGACCUUUUAAAAGCGCGCCUUUACAUUUUACCUUACCUUUAAGUGUUCUUUUGAUACUAUUACUUUGUUGUUAAUCCACAGGAUUUCUUUUGUGAACACCCAGCUCCAAACGCUGAGCGAACCAUUCAACAAUCACUGGAAAACAUACUCCUGAAUGUCAGGUGGCUAUCACGUGAUGCCGACAACGUGCGUGUGUGGCUUGCGGACAAAGGUUACUAAGUCAUGCUCUUCUGCGCAGGCGCAAAG